CGUGCAGCAACUGAAGUACCUUUAUUAGUGUUAUUUGCUUGCUCUUUUUAUUUUCCUCGGUUAAUGAGGAUUACCCUGACGAAAGAUGACAUUAUGAGGCCAAGAAAGGAUUUGCUUUUGGCAGAAGUGGUGCUGGUGGUGAUACUCUUUUCCAUUGGAGUAUCUGCCCAAGACUGCUACAAGGUGCACUCGCGGGAUCGUUACUGGAGAACCUCCCCGGGUGAAUAUGACGAGACAAAAAUGACCGGAGCGACAUGCAAGGCCCAAUGUACCAAGGAAGGAUAUAAGUUUGCAUCAACGCAAGCUGGCAAGUUCUGCUUCUGCAGCAAGACGAAGCCACCUGAUAGUGACAAGGUGCCACCCGCACAAGCAAAGAAAUUAUGUAGCGUGAAAUGUGUAGGUGCUCCGACUGGUACAGAGUACUGCGGGGGGCCGCACUAUGUCACCUUAACCAUGGGUGUGGCGAAGCUGGAGGAUGCCUGGCUGACAGCAAAGAAGGUCGAAAUCAAAGAAACAUCAACAGAGGUCAAACUGCAGUUCGGGGUCGUUGGCGGUGGUGAGAAGUUCGUGUUUAACUUUGACAAUACUGCGGGCGACACAGACGUAUGUUUUCCGACUGGAUUCACGAAUAGAGACAGUGACAAGAACGUGAAACCCAUGUUCCACAUUCCUGGCGUCUACAAUGUCAUAGCAGAGGUGACAAGUACGGGAGUCCCGGGCAAGACCCUUCCGAGCAGGAAGGGUCACCAUGAAACUACAGGUUCGAGAAUCGUUUGUCUGUUUCUUUUCGAAGUUCACUCAUACAGCAUAGCCUCUACUCCUUUACAGAAACUGCAUGCAGCGGUUGGAGUGGUGGCUCAGUCCAAGCCAAACGACUUCGAGAUCAAGUGCCCAGAGCAAGUGGAGAAAUCAGACGACAUUACCAAACGUGACCAGGAAUUCGCCUGCAGUGCUACGGUCUACGUGGGCUCUAACAUCAAGGCGAACAUCGACUUCAAGGAUGGAAAGAUGUACAACAUCCCAAUGGCUGAUCCUCUUAUAACCACGGCCGGCCCGGGUAUUCCCCAAUAUGGCACAUGUACCGGUGGCGCCGCCAAUAAGAUAUACGUGAUGCCGGGGUCUGAUUUCGUUGAAGACGGAGUCAUCAUUGGAUGGGAGUUCAACUUGCAAAGCAAGGGGGAUAUUACACUCAUGGUUCUGGAACCUGCGUGCAAAGUUGGUGACGUGUUUUGUUACGAUACUUACAAGUGUGCAAAAAGCUGUGAAAUCUCCUGCUCGAAAUCGACGCAGUCCUUCUGUUCAUCCCGAGGUAUGUGUACGGCAAAGAAACCAACCACCUGCCCAGCUUCUCCAAGAUCACAAACGCCCUCUUUCGACUAUAAGGUGAAGUACACCAAGUCUGUAAAGGCUGCUACCCAGAAGGUCGGAUACAACUACAUCGAUGAAAGGAAAGUGACAGUUGCCAACCUAAGAGUUACCAGGGGAAUGGUCCUCGGCUAUGCCUCUGCCAGCGGUAAGGGCGUCAUCGCAACCAAGAAACCGUGGACAGGGACAUCUGACUACUCCAAGGCAUAUGCGGCAGUCGCUGUAGGAAACUCUAUAACGCAAUUGUCGCUCAAGAAAGAAGUCAACCAACAGAUCCUUCUGCGCGCCAUCCUGAGCACACCAAGCACGGUCAAGUUUUUUCAUCAUUAUACGAAGUUGGGUGUGUUCGAUGUCGGGAUCGGUGUGACUACCACAGCGUUCCCGGCCAAGGCGGUCGUCGUCCCGCCGAAAAGUACCCAGAUCACGGUACUAGAAGGGAUUAAGGAAGCUCCGUUGGACGUGCCACCUGUUAACGAAGCUGGGAAACCACUGACUUUAAAGGUUGGAAAACACGCAGCGAAAGUAACAAAUGUAACGAAUAACAACCAGUAUCUGUGGAAUUUCGGGGACAAGUCUUCUGUACACAUGGUCAACGGCACUCCUAUUACGAAGCACACGUUUGGAAUCGGGAAGUACAAUGUCUGCGUCGAGGCGAAGAACGCCAUCUCGGGGAAGACGAAUUGUACGACGCUAGAGGUCAAGGAGAAAAUCGGGACCAUCAAAGUAGUCAAUCCGACCGCUGUGGCUGGCGAUAAUUCCACUAUCAAUAUCACCAUCAGCAAAGGUUCUGGCUACGACUGUAGUAUUGACUAUGGCGACGGGUCUAUCACACACGUUAAUGACACGAUGUUACCGAAAGCGACAGGUCAUGUAACGCAUGAAUACACGACCCCGGGAAAGUAUAAUGUGAAGGUAGAUUGCAAGAACGGACUACUACCAGACCCACCCGUUCAGGCAAUGCCCAUUGAAGUUCAAGAAACCAUAACUGGGCUCAAGUUUAAAACAACCGGUGCCCAGAAAGGUCAACCAGUAAAGGUCCAGCUUGGAACUAAUGUCAAGAAUGGGUAUGGCUUGAAAUAUAAAUGUACCUCCGUACCACCGUUUAAAGCGGGCACAAGCAUUGACAUGUCUGCUUGUGAUAACAAGCCUAAAUGUGACUCGGCGGAGAUCAAAGGUGUGGUAGCACAAGGCUACGAGCUGACCUGCACUGUCGCCAACAAGCUUGGCAAGAUCACCGAUAGUACCAACUUUACUAUUGAUUCACCAAUCAACAAUCCCGACUUUAACGUGACUGACUUGUGUAAAGAAGUUCCCAGUCCACCCGACCUCCUAGCAUACUACAUCAUGGUGCCAAGCUGUGUGGUGUUCACUGGGGGUAUGGAGAGUGGUUCAAGCGCUUUCGUCAAGAUUGACUACGGAGACAGCACCCCUCCGGAUGAAAAGCGAAUGCCUCCAUUAAAGGCCUGGCCUACAAACUAUCAUGAGGUCUUCAACCAUACCUACACUAAAGUCGGUGAAUUCCACGCGCAAGGAGAAAUAGGGAAUGGAGAUGGAUCGUUCUUGUAUAACUUCACCAUCAGCGCCUUCAAGAAGUCGCACCUCUCAUGCGAUAACUUGGGUCCUCAGAAACCUGGAGCAGUCGGCAUCACGUUCAGGUCGAGCGAUGGAUCAGUACCUCCAGACACAACAUACACCAUCGACUUCGGUGAUAGAAGCACGAAGGGAAAGGGACAAUUCCAGUUGUCUACGCCCAUUUCUCACAACUACAAUCAACCCGGUACCUUCUCGGUCAAGGCUGUCUUCACUAAUCUUGUCGAGGUCAUCCCCCUCACCUGUACCGUUGAAGUCAUCGAGGAGAUUCUCAACCCCAAGUUCUUCCUCAGACCCCCGAAUAUUGCUGUAGGAAGUAAAGUCUCUAUGUUAGCACAGGUCGCCAAAGGAUCCGGCAUGAAGGUCACCUAUAGCUGGGGCACAACCCCACUCAAAAAUGUAACAGAUGGCUUCAACAAGUCGACGACACCUGCUCUGAUCUCUGAACAGAAGUUCGACAAGCCCGGGAACUACACGGUUUCUGUGACCAUCCACAACAAACAUGGCCAUACGAAAACCUUCACCCAGACGAUCUUCUGCCAGCAUCCUGUCACCAAGGACUACAAUCUAGUCAGCGAUGCACCAGCGACCGUGGAAUUCCCCUUUGUAAACUUUACAUUUACCUGGACUGGUACCGAGAAACCAACCGACGCCAGUCACGUGAUGCACUUCGGGCGAUCAGCAGACGGUCAGGAGUCUUUUGACUUUGAUUACAAGAAGAAAGUGUAUAAGUGGGACAAACAUGCGUACGCGCCACCCGGGCCUAGGACGGCUAGGGUGGUGGUUAAGAAUCUGGUGUCUGAAUAUACCUUCACAGCAGAUGCAAGCGUCCAAAGCAAACUGGGAACACUUGUCAUCAAAACCAAGUAUCGUCCGAAGAAACCGCUCAAUGGUGUCGACCAGCCAGGUGUUGGUGAGAGCGGGAACCAUUUCCCAAGCAACCGGGACCUCAAGUUUUAUCCAGAAUUCGUAGGCGGUAGGAACGAAACUGUUUCUCGCUACGAGAUUGUUGCAGAGAGUGAUGGCUAUGUGUGGGCUUGUACCCUCACUAACAUCAAACCUGGUGACCCGUUACCGUACAAGAUUCCAGGGCCUGGCGCUUACAAUAUCUGCAUCACCGCCGUGAAACCAUUGGGAGAGGUGACCAACUGUACCAGUGUGGUCAUAGGAGACACCUGUCACGGCAUCUCGAUACAUGAUGGAAGGGCUACCACCAAACCUAAUGAACCAAAGGAGUUCAGAAUCAACUUUGAAAAAGUCGGCACGAACUCCUGCGUUGCGAUCGAUUAUGGUGAUAGAAGUAAACUGAAACUGUAUGGAACCCAGAAUGACUGUUACAGUCCUGAAGUGCUGGCGAGGUUAGGGAACCCUCUGAAUAGUAGUAUUGAAAUGGCUGGUCCCCUUAACCCAGACGGUUUGAAUGUUUCUCAUAUUUACAAGAGCGAAGGACCCAAGAGGAUUAAAGUGAUCGGAGCUAAUUAUCUUGGGGUCAACGAGAAGUCGCUUCAGUUCAGCAUAUCUGCGAGCCAUGUGGGCUGUAUGCGGCCGGAGAUCAUGAUAUACGAUGAGAGGCCCUUUGAGAAUGGGACGCAUUGUGAGGUUGGUUUGAGGUGUAAGAUAAGGGGCAAAGUGAUCCUAUUGAACUGUACACCAGAGACGAACAUUAAGUGGUGGGAGAUGGAACGCGUAGAUGAUAACAAUAACGUCACUGCUAUGAUCAAUCUAACAGAGGUCCGAGGCCAUGAUGGGGUUGAUAUUGAGCUUCCUGCCCAUUUCACCAAUCUCGGUGUCUACCGCCUGACGCUCUCUGUCCAGAUGACAGGCACAUGGGCAAUCAGGAAGCAACACUUUAUCAGUACUGCUGUGACGUAUAUCUACAUGGUCCGAGGUCCUAUAUUCGCUAGCAUGAUUGAAGGUGGCUUGUCUGAAAUAACGAUAGGGCGAAUGCAGAAUUAUAGCCUUACACUCAACCCCGAGAGGUAUUCUGUGGACCGGGAUGCAAGCCCCAACGAUCCGCCGGGAUUCGAUGGCUACCUAUGGUUUGCGCAAAAGAUUGGCGAGCCGGAUACAGACGAGGACACGAAGACAACCGUCUCCCAUCAACCGUCCAGUGGCACGAAAGGUGGAUGCUUUGGGAACGGGCCAGGGCGGCUUGACCUUCCUCUCAACACCGGCAAUUUCACGCCGAACUUCUAUCUCAUGCCUCUCAAUCAGACCUGUAAUAUUACAGCCAUCGUGAAGAAGGAUACUCGGUCUGGGCGUGUGUCUAUGCUCGUUACCGUUGUAGAUGGAAGGCCACCAGUGAUUAUCAUCACGUGCAGCGAUGCAAAUGCCUGCCGUAAGACCCCGUUGGGCCAGAGAUUGGUACGACCGUCCGGCAUGUGUAAGCUGAUGGUGACGUGUUUGACCAACUGUCCGUUGACGAGUGAUUUCUUUAACAACAGGGCAACAUACCAUUGGACGAUCCAGUACUAUAACGAUACCAUUGACUCGCUCUGUUAUAUUGAUGUGAAGGAAAACAAGAAGUACAUCACUGGUAACAAAUCGAAGGAGCUUACUUUGCUACCACCGCUCUUUAAGGAUUUCUCCUCGGAUCUCUACGAGGCCCAAGCUAGACUCACAUUCAAUGGUAUGACCGGCUACGCCAAGAUGGACUUCUCGGUGAAUCGUCCGCCCACAUCGACGAAGCCUUGUAGCGUGUCACCGACCACAGGAACUCACAUUACCACUAAGUUCAUCGUGAGUGGUGACGGAUGGUCGGACGAUAGAAGGAUUGUUGCUUUUGAGGUCUAUGUCAAGCUCGAGAAUCCUGACGCAAAUGAGACCGCACCUUCUCAGGAAUUCGUGCAGAGGUUCGAUGCUGAAGGUUCUGCAGUAAAGUUCGAAUUGUCCACCAACCUGCGACCCGGGACGAUGGAUGUGAUAGCUCGGGUUAUCGAUGAUGAGGGGGCCUUUACGGAAUGUCAGGCAGGGACCGUCCUGGUUUCACCUACUAGUAUGUCGACGAGUGGUCUGUCUGACAUGCUGGAAUCAACCUUCAGGAAGGGAAACCCCCGGGAUGUCGCUGAGGUGGUUGUGGCCGGAAUGAAUUCCCAGAAUGACAAACUAAAGAAAAUUGGUUCGCUGGUUGAUCUUGAAAAUGAUGACACGUCACUUACUUCAGCCGAAGACAAUCUGAGAGAGGAAGGCACUAAAUUUGUAGAGAAUACAUUGGAUAACCUUGAAAAGUCGAACGUGAAUUUGGGGGCGAAAUCCUUAACUGAGAUAGCGGACAAGCUGGUCGCUGAGCCUGCCACUAAAAACAGAAACAUAAUGCCUAAAAUAGCCAACCUUCUCAACAAGACUGUGAACACGAUAGAUAGUGAUCCUGAUGCAUCUAAUGAAGAUAAGCUGGAGAUGACGGGUAAAGUGCUGGCUGGCUUGUUUAACUUGAAACAGGGCAUGAAGGUAACGAAAGCUCGACCUGGGAAGAGUGCCAGGGAGGAGGCGAAGAAAAAGGCCAAGCCUGACAUGUCAUUACCAAGGGAUGGAAAGUCGUUUGAUGGUGACGCUGCCAGAGAGGAGAGAGAUUCGGUGGCCAAGACCAACAAGGAGCUCUCAGACGAACAGGAGGAUGAUAUGUAUGCUGACCUGGAGGAAAUUGAGGAGAAAUGCUUGACUAUGAUGGUGAAGAAAGCGCCGACCGGCGGGAAGAAGGUGGAGGUGGUUUCGGGAAAGACAAAGGUGGUACUUCAGAAGGAUGAGGCGGGGAAGUCGAGGAGACUGUAUGCUAAGCAUGGAGAUGAUGAGGCUGAUGUACCAUCCAUCUGCGAGGUGGAUCCGCCAUACUGUGAGGAUCCACACAGGACAGUAUCGGUUGCGGUUGUCAUGUCGAAGAACAACCACAUAGGGAAGAAGAUGCAUCCACACCGGACCUCCUCGUCCGUCGAGAUCCGCAUGUUAGACUCUGAUGGUAAUGAGAAAAAGAUUAACGGGACCAAUGUCAAGGUCAACUAUACGAUGCGGAUGAGACUGAACGAGACGGAGAGGAAGCCUGUGGAUUAUGAAGGAAUGGAGCACGGCGAUCCGUACUUGAGUAUAUCAAUACGGGCCGAGUAUCCUGCAAUACCUGACCCACCUUACUGUAACUACAAGUCCUCUGAACUCUUCAUCCGUCCAGUGCCCGAACCAUUCGACCCAAACAAGGCAUACAUGGUAUUCGUUGCCUUUGACGGUCGCGUUAACUUGACUGCGGGGUAUUACAAUUCCACGUAUAUUGUCCCCAGUCAUCUUGAGGGAAGAGAUGGAACAGUAGGCCCCGAAUCAGAAUCGGAUCCGUAUACCUUCACGCUAGAUGCUGAGACGAAGCGUACUCAGAUGUAUGCCAAAGAUCCUUGCACGCUCUACAUCGGCCUGAGAGAACUGGACAGCGCCGAGUUCGAAACGUACAAUGACUCCGACACUAAACCUGACGUCAGUCAAGAAAGGGUGGAAGAUUGGAGAGCAAAGAAGGGCAACCUCACCUCCAAUGUAACUGUCAAUACAUAUGCGCAGAACUGCAUGUACUACGAUGAGAAGGCAAAGGAUUGGAGUGGAAGAGGUUGUAUGGUUAAUGAAAAGAAGUCUACCCGAUCAAAAGUCUCUUGCACGUGUAACCAUUUGACAUCAUUCGCGGGCGGCUGGGUGGUUGUCCCCAAUAGACUUGACUUCAACUAUAUCUUCAAGAACAUGGACCCGUUAAAGAAUCCAACCGUCUACGCCACUCUUAUUACAAUCAUUUUACUCUAUUUGAUUGGAGCAGUGAUAUGUAGGAAGGAGGACAAGAAGGACGUGGAAAGGGCUUGCGUCUACCCAUUGGUUGACAAUGAUCCAGAUGACAAGUACAUGUAUGAGUUAAUGGUGGCAAGCGGGAUGGCGAAAGGUGCUGGCACACAUUCCAGGGUGUAUUUCGUCCUGUCUGGUGAAAACGAUGAAACUGAUGUGAGGAUCUUACAUGACCGCUCAAGAGGGAACAAGCACUGCCUCGACAGGGGUAACAUCGACUGUUUCUUACUGACUACGCCCAGGCCACUCGGCGAGCUGAACUAUGCCCGCAUCUGGCAUGACAACUCGGGCGAAGGCAAAUUCGCAUCUUGGUAUCUGAAAUACUUCCUCGUCAAUGAUGUUCAAACAAAGAAGAAAUAUCAAUUCAUCCUGAACCGAUGGCUGGCAGUGGAGGAAGACGAUGGACAGAUUGACCGACUUAUCCCAGUGGCAGGGAAGGAACAGAUGGUCGAGUUUUCUCAUCUCUUCACACAAACCUCAAGGAAGAAUCUCUGCGAUGAGCAUCUCUGGUUCUCACUGGUUGCCCGGCCCCCGAGGAGUAGAUUCACCCGCCUACAGAGAAUCUCCUGCUGCCUCCAACUGUUGGUGUUGACCAUGCUGACCAAUGCUAUGUUCUACGGUAUCGGCGAUACCGAGAAACCCAACACCAAUGCACUGGAGUUGGGACCAUUCAGCUUGAGCCCGCAACAGAUUAGCAUCGGUGUGAUGGCCAACUUGAUAAUCUUCCCGGCUACCUUCCUAACCGUAUGGUUGUUCAGGAAGGCCCGCGCUCGAAAGAAACGUCCAUCGCGUAUCCAGGAAGCGAAGGACAGGAAACCCGAUGGAGAUAGCGAGAGCAAUGCCUCCACUUCAGUCAGCGAUAUCAGGGCCGAGGUAAACAAGUGUGAGCCAAUCAGAGAUGACCCGCCGCCCUACAUGCGUGACAUGCACGACUUGAACGGAAUGCACAAUGGCGUCAAUGGGCUACAAAAUGGCCGCACGGAUUCUCCACCUGACAGCAUAGAAAGAAGGAUUGGAAUACCCAUGGACGACCCACUACUGAAGAAAAAGAAGAAGGCAUUCUCUCUGCCGUGGUACUGCCGUCACUUGGCUUGGCUGUUCCUAGUCAUCAUGUGCCUGGUCGGCAUCACAUUUUCACUCUUCUACGGGAUCCAGUUCGGAGAGGAGAAAUCCAAGAAGUGGAUCACAUCGAUGAUGGCUGCCUUCAUCAUGUCUAUCUUCAUCACAGAACCUGUCAAGGUAUUCCUUGUGGCGCUGUUCUUCUCUCUGAUCCUGAAGAAAGCAGACGAUGAUGUCGACGACCUUGAAGAAGAUGAAGAGGAACCGGAACUACAGUAUGACGAGGAGUGGCUGGCUAGACCUAAUGACCAAGGCACAUUUGGCUUGGCUAAACCACGAACGAUUGCCUACAAACCGCCAGACCCAGAACAGCUCGAGAAGUUCCGAGUAAACCGCCUCAAGGAGCUAAAGAUGUAUGCCAUCCUUCGAGAGAUCCUAAGCUAUGCUUUGUUUGUCUGGAUCUUAUUGUCGAUCAGUUACAGCUUCAGGGACCCAGACUCCUACAAACUCAAAGAGGAGAUGGUCAAUGUGUUCAUCGAGAAUAACAAAGGUGACCCUGACUCUGCUUACACACAGAUUAUCAGCUACGGUGGCUAUUGGAACUGGGCAAAAGAGGUGCUCCUACCAGCACUACUCGUAGACCCUUGGUACGAUCAACAAACAAACUAUAGGCAACCGUAUGGACAGAGAGGUUUCAUAGUGGACAGGGCCCAAAGACACAUGGGUUAUGCAGUGAUGCGGCAGCUCAGAGCUAAACCUAAUUCCUGUCCCCUAGAAAGGGCGAUGGCAGAGGUGAUCAAUGAGUGUGUUGAAGAAUAUGGCAUGUUCACCCAGGAGGAGCAAACCUUUGGAGUGGGCUGGAAACCUUAUAAUGAAACGCUGGACAACACCAGGGAAGAGUACAAGUAUACGGAGGCUUCAGCGCUCGACGGCUUCCCUUACCUUGGAACUAUAGCGGUGUAUGCUGGUGGCGGGUAUGUUCACCGGUUGCAGGGUAGUGACAAGGAGAUGAUGGAAGGCAUAGACCAGUUGAUUAAUGAGCAAUGGCUUGAUGCAUACACCAGAGCUAUCUUCAUCGAGUUCACCGUGUACAACCCAAACACUAAUCUCUUCGCCGUAUCGACCAUUUUAACCGAGUUCCCAGGUAGCACAGCCAUGGUGAAUACGUACCGGUUCGAACCAGUAAAUCUGUUGGGCGACUACCAUGGUGACGGCAAAUGGUAUGAACUGACCUGUCAAAUUGGCUUCUGUAUCUUCCUUGUCUAUUUCAUCUACCGAGAAAUCAAGGUGGUCUUCAAGGAAAGGAAGGCCUACUUUACACACCUUUGGAACAUUGGUGAGUUGGCCAUCAUCGGCCUCUCCGUGGCCUCCAUUACCAUCUACUUCUACCGCCUGGUGGUCACGAAGAGCCUGCUGAAAACCUUCAAGAAGUCACACGGCUUGGCAUACGUGAAGUUCCAGUAUGUCGCCUCAUGGAAUGAGUUGCUCCUCUACCUGGUCGGCUGGCUCGUGUUCUUUGCCAACCUCAAGUUCCUGCGUUUGCUUCGCUUCAACAAGCGGAUGGCGAUCCUUGGCUCCGUUCUCCGUCAUUGUCGAAAGGAUCUGUUCGCUUUCGGAGUCAUGUUUGCCAUCAUGUUUUUCGCCUUCGUUCAGUUCUUCUACCUGAUUUUCUUACGGAACCUCCUCGGUUACAAAUCCUUCGUGGCAUCUGCUGAGACAAGCUUGAACAUCAUGCUGGGAAAGUUCGACUUCCAGGCCAUGUUACAAUCAAGUUCGGUCCUGGGUCCGUUCUUCUUCUUUCUCUACGUGGUAACCAUCGUCAUGAUCUUGAUCAACAUGUUCCUGUCUAUCCUGAACGAGUCGUUUACCAUCGUCAAGAACGAUGUAAGUAAGCAGUCCAAUGACUACGAGAUGGUCGACUUCAUCAUGCGGCGCUUCAAGUUGUGGACGGGGAUAGGCAACGGCCAGCCAAUGGUGAGCGACCUCGGAGCAGAUGAUCCAAUGACCGAAAAGGGAGACGCCAUGAACAUGAACGGCAUGCCGCCAGCCUUUCAGAUGCAGCUUGACAAUUUCCCGGACAAGAUUGACAAGCUCCUAAACACGAUCAGUAAGGUCUACUUCGACCAUGACAAGAUUGACGCCUUAUUGGAUCCCAGCAAGAUGGGAAACGAAGGGAAGGCGGCUAUGAAGAUGAUGCUGAAGCAACAGCGCAUUAAGGAGGAACAAGAAACAGAGAUAAGAGAAAGAGGUUUCCAUUCUCGCGGACGGCCGCUGCCACCUACGGUACCGUUCAGGAAUAUGCAUGUGCCUAUGCCAGAUGUGGAGAAUGUCGAGAAGUAGCAUGUCCUGCACUGAUGUAUUUGGCCAGCAUUAGCCUGAAAUACAGGAGACAUAUUCAUGCAUACGUGAGUGGACAACUAGACAGCAGUCCACAUGUCGUUUGGAAUGAGCAGUUGUAGAAUUAGCUUUAGACACCAGUUACUGAGGCAAAGCGAUCCAGUGAAGGUUCUUCUAUAUCUGAAAAAAACUCCCCUCUUUGCUUCAGAAACUGUCAGGACUAAACGUGUUACUUUCAUCGUACACUUUGUUAGGUUACUUCAUGUUAAAUGUGCAUGUGCCAUGAUACACUAGCAACUGAUAUAUGUAAAGGGAAUACAAUGACAAUGGUAGAAUGCACAAAACUGGCACGAAGUUAGGCUUACUAGUUAACAGGCUUGAAGCCAGAAGGAGAACAGAAAAGUGUUUAGUCUGAGAGUCCGUCACUCGUUUCAGUCUUACACGACUUAUGAUACACACUCCUCUUGAAACCUCUUUUUAUUAUGCCAUCUUUGGUUCUGUCGCUUAAUCUAGAGUUCGCAGCCUUUUGUGGUGACGGUCUAUGUGCAUUGCUGUAUAGAGCUCAGUGAGAAACACAGCUUGAGAGUCCAUUCUUAGAACGCGAUAGGCCGAACCCUUAACAGGAAUGCAUUGGAAUAGAACACUCUCUCUUGAUAGAAUCACGUCAUCGAGGACACUGUUAUGUGGACAUUUUCUUCCGUUUGAUUUUGUUGGUCGGCGUGUAGGUUGG